AUGUCCGCGAACGGGUCGGCGGCCAUCGAGCCACGACUCUGCCACGUGCGGAAGACGCCAGACUUCGACGGCUACGGAUUUAAUUUGCACGCAGAAAAAGGCAAACCCGGUCAGUACAUCGGUAAGGUUGACGAUGGCUCUCCGGCAGAGACCGCUGGCUUAAAACGCGGCGACCGCAUCCUCGAAGUGAACGGCCACAGUAUUGCCGGCGAGACCCACAAGCAAGUGGUGGCUCGCAUCAAGGAGCGGCCCGAUGACGCCGAGCUGCUGGUGAUAGCACCGGCCCCGGGGGACCAGAUGCCCGAUUUGGACGUGCCGGUGCCGGAAAAGACCCCUCCGCCUAGCGAAGCGCCCCGGGACAGUCCGUCGCCGACCGAACCUCCUAAGCUGAACCUGCAGAUGACCGCGGCCGAGAUGCGAGCACAUCUCGCCGCCAAGAAGAAGUUCGACCCUAAGAAAGUGCCGAUGGACCUUAGGUCCAAGUUUGACAUCGUGAAGAAACUGUGAUGGUGCGUGAUGAGUGUGCAGUGUGCAUCGACUCGGCGGUGUUGUUGCUUGUUGUGCCGGGUCGUGCUGUGGCCCAGACCGGUCGCGUCCGCCGCGCCCCUCGCCCCUCGCCCCCCUCACACCGACACGGAUAGCUUCUCGCGCGAUUAUCACAUGAAUGUACACAAAUAAUGUGGAACAAUGACAUCAGUUUGGAGUAAAGGUGCGGGCCGUUCUCGUCGCGGACGCGGCUUCGUAUCGUAUCGUACAAUUUAUUAUGAAUUUUAUUUUACAUCAAUGUAAAAUAAUAAUUUAACUUCCUCGAGAAAUUGCCAUUGAUUUGUGUUAUGUACAUUAGUACCUAUUCCGCCAGGGAGCGUAUUAUAGUUAACGUAAUAAUAAAUUUAUAAAUAUAUGUAAUUUAUUAUAUGAAUACAAAUCGUUUUGAUUUUAUUGAAUUGAUUACAUAAAUGUGUAGUUAAUAGUUAUGGUUAAGUGCAAUUAUUGUUUUAUUAUUAUGAAUAAAUUUGUUUUAAAAGCA